AUGGGCGCUUCCAGCCACGUUCGCUUCGCCUUCGCUGCGCUGAUGGCCAGCUUGAUGACUGUAAUGGGUGACAAGAGCGCUUCUCCUACCUUGCCUGCCACCUUUGAAGUGGACUUGCUAUUCCCUCGCAAUGAGACUUACGCUCCGAGCUGGCUGAUGCCCGUCGUCUUUGCAAUUCAGAAUCCAUCUCUGGCUGUCCCGCUGUCUGCUUCAAUCCAGUGGAGCAUGUGGGAGGGUAAUAGCACGAGGUCGCCAGGCCAUAUCGGCGGUGGUGGUUUUGAUGUGGACGGCGAUGUGAGGACGGCGACAUCCACACCCAAAAACCCCUAUAUGCUCAGCGGUGCUGUCAACACCAUUUCUUACCCAGACGGCGUCUGGACUCUCGCCUGGUACGUGCAGUACAACAUUUGCGGGGGCCCAACGCAUAGCGAAAACUUCACCACCGUCUUCACCGUCAGCAAGUCUGGAAAGGCAAUCGAUCUUGAGGCGGCUACAUCGUCUGACGUUUGUGGCGCCGCGCAGGCUCAAGCAUUCAACAUAACCUCUCCUUGGGGAUGUGGUAUGCUGGGUCCCAGCCCAACCACCAACCCAUGUGCGGCGACAAUCGACUCUGCAGCCGCAUCCAGUCUAUCUGCCUUGGCCAGAGCCACGGGCGCUAUCUGCACCUCUUACAGUUCCAACCUCACCUGCCUGGAUCCGAGCCCGCCUCCCGGUCAACCUUCAGCAGCCAAUCCUCGCGUGGUAGCGGCGUCAACAUUGCUUACGCUACUGGCUGCAUUGGGUGCCCUGAUCCAUCUUGCAUGA